ACAGCCUGCGUGUUUUCCUCAUGAGCUAAAGUGCACUGAGCGUUUCCUUACACAUCUGGGGAUGGACAUAAAGCCUCGAAGCUCUAGCGCGUGUGUUUGAGUAAUUACAUUUUUUUUAAUCCAGCCACUUUACUGUUGUUUUCUACAUCUUCAUCACUACAUCAUCCUCAUCAGAAGCAGCAGAGAGGAGAGAAGAUGGGCUGCUGCUCUGCACGGUGCACGCUGAUCCUCCUGUGUUGUCUGCAGUUGAUAACUGCGCUGGAGCGGCAGGUGUUUGACUUCCUGGGCUACCAGUGGGCUCCCAUCAUGGUCAACUUCUUCCACAUCCUCAUGGUCAUCCUCGGCCUGUUCGGUGUCAUCCAGUACAGAUCACGCUUUGUCGUCAUGUACCUGCUGUGGACGCUGCUGUGGGUCGGCUGGAAUGUCUUUGUUAGCUGUCUCUACUUGGAUUUGGGAGGGCUUUCAAAGGACAGUGAUAUUCUCUCUCUGGGAGUAUCGUCACAUCAUUCGUGGUGGAAGGACAACGGGCCGGGGUGUGAGAGCGCUGGCCUUCCCUCCGCUGGGUGGCAGAACCAGAAAAACCCCGAGCUGACCACAGUGCUGAGCUGCUGGCUGGAAUACCAGUACAUCGAGAUCCUGCACUGCAUCGUCCAGCUCCUCGUAUCUCUCCCAGGAUUUGUUUAUGCCUGCUACGUCGUCAGCUCUUUCUCAGAAGAGGAAGACAGCUUUAAUUUCAUUGGUGAAUUUCAUCAUCCAUCCAAACCCUCUCAGUUGUUCUUCUAGUUUAAAGACCCGCAGAUUAUAAAUAACCACACAAAUAAAGUGGUUGGGGAAAGUCAAGAAGGAGCUUGGCAGAAGUGGAGACGACUUUGAAGACUGUCUUUGUGAAAUUGUUUUGACCUGGCUGUCAAUAAAAACCUCACUGUCACCUCACUGUGCACCAAAUAUACACUGUCCUGAGUCAAGAGGAGAAAUUCCCUGUGUAAAAUGUAUGGAUCAUGUGUUGCCUCAAAUGCUGUAAAUCCAGAUUAAAAUCUACCUCUGUGUGUGUGUGUGUGUGUGUGUGUGUGUGUGUGUGUGUGUGUGUGUGUGUGUGUGUGUGAAAGAAAUCACUACAUCUGAAGCACUCGAGUUCUUGAUUUGAUUUGACAGAUGUAAAUAAGUAGCAGUUUUGUUCUGAUGUUUUGUAAAAUGUAUAAAUUAUCAAUAAUGUGUAAUUUCAGUUUUUUUUAAAACUCAACUUGUGUGAUAUUAUUAUCAAUAAAUAAACAAUGCUCACAAAAUAGCCAAACAUUUUUUAUUAUUAUUUAUUAUUUUUGAAGACCAUAAAAUGUUGCCCUUUUCCAUAACUCAAAUAAUUUGUCCUUCUUUUGUCCUACAUGCAUCCUAUUAAACCAAGGUUUCUGUAGGUAUAUAUGCACAGGUGUGGACUUGAGUAACAAAUUUGAUGACUUCAGACUUGACAAAAUCAAAAAAGACUUCAACACCAGUUACUUUUGACUUCACUUGGACUUGA